AUGAUGCCAGAUUUUUUACGUGGCCUUCGGGCGCCAUAUCCGGACCACGGCUCCGGCUUCUGGGGCAAGCCAACAUCGACGCUGAACUUUUGUGAAGAGGACUACGCAUUGUCGUUUUACUGCGCGGAGCUCUGCAAUACGGUGACAAAUGGCUUGUUCCUAUGGCUCGGGGUCGGCGGUAUCCGCAACUGCCUCCAGGAGUCACAUGCCAAUAUAUUUUUGCUGGCAUACCUGGGAUAUAUCGUGGUCGGGCUUGGAUCCAUUCUCUUCCACGCGACUCUCAAGUAUCCAAUGCAGCUGGUAGAUGAGCUAUCCAUGAUCUACACGACCUGCCUCAUGAUGUACGCCAGCUUCUCCUUUUCACGGUCGCGCGCUUUUUCAGCCUUGCUCGGCGUGAGUUUAUUGACUUUGGCCGGGUCUAUCACGGUCUAUUAUCACAUCACCAAGGAUCCAGUAUUCCACCAGGUGGCGUACGCUGCGCUGACAGCGACGGUGGUGUUUCGGAGCAUGUGGGUGAUGGAGAGGCAAGUACGGCCUGUGCUGCAGAGACGAGAUGCAGAACAGUCGCGCCGGCAGAUGAAGACCAUGUGGGCACUUGUGGCGACGGGGCUCACGGUCUUCGUGGCAGGGUUCGCCAUAUGGAAUCUGGAUAAUAUCUUCUGCAGCCAGCUUAGGAGGUUGCGCCGGGCAAUGGGCCUGCCUUGGGCCGUAUUGCUCGAGGGGCAUGCGUGGUGGCAUCUGAUGACAGGGUUAGGAGGUAUCCUAUCCCACUGCGCAUAA